AUGGCGUCUUCGCAUGAAAUGGAGACGGAUCCACUGCAGAUCUCUUCCACCUCUGCUUCCGACGAAGCUGCAGCUGCUGUGCAGGCACCGGAUGUUCAACAACAAGCUCAGGAUCAGGUCCAGGCUAUCGCCGCCAACAUGAGCAAUCAAGCCCAAACACGGGUUCAGGCCAUUGAGCAACAGGCGCAAGCUAUGGUUUCGGAGGUUUCCGUUGAAGCUUCGAGGCAACUGGCUGUGGCAAAUGAGACCAUUGCUAGCUUGAAGCAACAAAACGAGAUGUUGGCUCGUCAACAGCAGGAGCUUUACAGUCAGAUUGCGACGUUGCAAAGCAUCGUAGCGGAAGUCAAGGCUACAAGUAAAGGUAUCGGGAUUGGUGCGGGUUUUGCGCCCGCCAUUACACCCAUCGCUGGGCCGCCGGGCCCGCCACCGCCUCCUGAGCCUGAGAUCUUCGACAUAGGAGAUCCCGAGGAGGGUGAGGAAGAACAGGUUGAUGAUGAUCCCAUUGUUGAGCCGCGAGCUGUUGGUAACAAUGAUCGGGGUUUUGAUGGUGGUGCUGAUGCGCAGCCUCAUGAUGAAAAUGAGGAAGAGGACUAUGAAGCAGCUACUUACAAGUAUAAGGAUCUUCAAGACCUGAAGAUGCCACAGCUUCCAAAGGAUAAUGUGGGUUUCAGAUCGUGGCGCAACGCGCUGCUGACGCAGUACUCUGCUAUUGAUCGCACGGGUCAAGCCAGGAGGACGUUCGGAUGGCUCUGGGAGCAAUUCUCAGAUCACUUGGCAGAGCUGCGUGAAGACGCCAACGAACGUCAGGAUGCUAAUGCAAAGGCAAAGUCGAUUGCAACAGCAGUUCCCGCAAAGGACACCGCCGUUCCAGCAGCGCCCGGAAAGCCUCCCAAAGGGCGCUUGCUACACUUGCCACCUUUGUUUGUCCUGACUUUUCUGCGAUUGCACAUGAAGCUUGGUCGCAGCUUGACCUCUUUUGAGUCGUUGAGGGCUCAGGGUGUUUAUACCGAUGACCUCGUAUGUCACGAGGAUGAGCCAGUAUCCUUUGAAACGG